AUGUGGGACCAGAUCGAACCCACCCCCCCACACCUAACCUACCUCCUCCUCUCCCUCUUCCUAAUAACCUACACCCUCCUGGCAAACUUCAUCCGCAACCGCCUGCACCUCAGCGAACCGCCCCUCGCACUCCUCCUGGGAAUCCUCCUCGGCCCCCGCUUCCUCGGCUGGCUCAGCCCCAACACCUGCGGCGUCAUCGGCUGUUCGGGCGGCGAACAGGAUGGUCUCGGCGGGUGGGGGUGGGGCGAUAAUGUCAUGCAGGAGGCUACGAGGGUGAUUGUCGGGAUCCAGGUUUUCGCCGUCGGGGUGGAGUUGCCGAAGUUUUACGCGGGGAGGCAUUGGAGGAGUGUGGGGAUGAUGCUUGGGCCGGUCAUGGCGUUCGGGUGGAUCGUGUGUGCAGGGUUCGUGGCGGUUUUAUUCCAGACGGAUGUCGCGACUGCGCUCACGGUGGCGGCUUGCUUGACGCCGACGGAUCCGGUGUUGGCGGCGAGUAUUUUGAGUAAUAGUCAGUUUAGCGAUCGGGUGCCGAAGCGGAUCAAGGAUCUAUUGUCGGCGGAGAGCGGGUGCAAUGAUGGGAUUAGUUUUCCUUUUCUUUACGUGGGGCUUUUUGCUCUCACGAGCGCGACGGCGGGGGCGGCGGCGAAGGAGUGGUUCCUGAUUACUUUGCUUUGGCAAUGCACUUUUGGCACUUUCAUUGGAGUCCUCAUCGGCAGCCUCGCUAAUCGGAUCCUGCGGUAUAGCGACAAGAAGAAAUUUAUCGAUGGAGCCGGGUAUACCGUCUUCUACCUCCUCCUCGCCAUCCUCUGUGUUGGGGUGGGAAGCACACUCGGCAGCGACGAUUUCCUCGUGGCUUUCGGCGCGGGUUAUGGUUUCGCUCGCGACGGCUGGUUCACGAAGAAGACGCAUGAGGAAAAGUUGCCGCAGAUUAUCGAUAUGAUGCUAAAUAGUGCCAUGUUCGUCUACCUGGGGACGAUUAUUCCAUGGUACUCUUUCACACCGCAAGCUAUUACGCCUUCGGUCACGCCGGGCAGGCUGGUCGCAUUCUUACUCCUGGUCCUGCUAUUCCGCCGGAUCCCGGUUGUGCUGGCACUGUAUAGAUGGAUUCCUGAUAUCCGCACAUUCCGCGAAGCGCUGUUCUGCGGGCACUUCGGACCCAUGGGACUCGGUGGACUCUUCCUAGCGAUCGAGGCACGAGCAGUACUCGAGACAGGCACUUCGCUACCAAAACCCUACCCACCUCAUGCCGGUCGACCGUAUUCGCCACGGGAGAAGGCGAUCGAGAUUGUGUGGCCGAUUGUGUGUUUUGUGGUGCUGGGGAGUACGUUGGUGCAUGGGUUGAGCGUGUUGGUUAUUAGUGUGGUGACGCAUUUUACUAGGCCGAAGGAUAAGCGGGCGGGGACGCUGGCGGCGGAGGAUGAUCCACUCGGGGGGAUGGUGCAUGAGGGGGGUGGAGGGGAUAGUGAGCCGGAGAGUUUGGAGGAGGAGUAG